AUGACUCACAGCCACAACUCCCACAUCAAUAACAGUCGGAUCAAGAUGGCGGCCGAGCCAGAGUACGAGUCGAUCCUGUGCGUUAAGCCAGAUGUCAACGUCUACCGCAUCCCGCCGCGAGCGUCCAACCGCGCGUACAGGGCGGCCGACUGGAAGCUGGACUCUCCGGACUGGUCUGGUCGGAUGAGGAUCACAGCAAAGGGCAAAGUGGCCUUCAUCAAACUUGAGGACAAAGUGUCAGGGGAGCUGUUCGCCCAGGCGCCUGUGAGGGAGUAUCCCGGCGUUGCCGUGGAGACCGUCAGCGACUCCAGCCGCUACUUUGUUCUCAGGAUACAGGACGACAACGGUCGCAGUGCUUUUAUUGGAGUCGGCUUCGGGGACCGGGGAGAUGCCUUUGACUUCAAUGUGGCUUUGCAGGAUCAUUUUAAAUGGGUAAAACAGGAGAAUGAAAUCAGUAAAAACGCCCACCUCGGAGACUCGGGACCAAAGCUGGACUUGGGCUUUAAGGAGGGACAGACCAUCACACUUAAUAUCGGACAAGGGAAAAAGAGGGAUAAGCCCCGCCCACAGGGCUCAGGUGGGUUUGGACUCCUCCCACCACCGCCUGGGGGCAAAAUAGCCCCGCCUGCUUCGUCGGGCUCAUCCAAUCACAACACAGUUGUGCAGACGGGAGGCAUGGCCACAGGCUGCCUGCUGGAGCUGGACAGCAGUAACUCAAACACGGUGGUUCAGUCAAACCCGACUUCAGAUCUUCUCUGGGGAGACUUUUCUGCUCCGGCGAGCUCUGUUCCACCUCCCUCACAACCUCAGAACUCCUCAAACUGGAUCCAGUUUUGA